AGCCGUUGAGUGGUUCUUCGGGCUCUUCCUCUGGUCAAUUGGGUCCCGGUAACUCUGGAUCGACGGGAUCCGGUAGCUCCGAUUCCGGUAGCUCGGGAUCGUCGGGCUCCGGAUCAUCUGAGUGCGCCUCUACCGCGACAUCCUGCACGGAUUCGACGUCGACGAUGGCAACGAGACCCACUUCGACUACGACUACAACUUCGUGCACCGACACUGCAACCACCACUUCCCCAGCUGCGACUCCUACCGUUUCCAAUUCAGGUUCCGGAUCUUCUGGAUCAUCUGGAUCAUCUGGCAGCUCGAAAUCCUCUGGAAGCACCGGCUCUGACUCGAGUGGAGAAUCAUCUGGCUCAUCGGGUCAUGGCCCAGGCGCAGGCUCUAGCCUGGAACCAUCAGGGGGGUCCGCCUCCAGCGGCUCUUCAGGUAGCUCGGGAAGUGGGAGCGCGUCAUCGGGCUCCGGCUCUUGGUCGAACACAUCUUCAUUGUGCGGCUGCGUCUCUGGAUCACUGAACGUCAAUGGCAAACAUUGUGGAUUCAUCUCUUCUUCUCAAAGCCUUUGCUUCUGUGUCAAUCAGCUCCCUAGCCUCGUCGCUUCCAGCUCUCUCGACGUCAUUGCCGUUGGUCUUCAAGUCGGAUCUGCUGCUGAUGUUGUCACCGCACUGACUGCCAAGCUGUCGACUUCUGCUGCCACAAAGACCUGCUCGUUCCCCCUCUUCUCCACCUCAACGUGCGGAAAGUCCGAUCUCUGUGCCUUCUCCUGCGCACCGGGCUUCAAGUCCAAGGGCGGAGCGUGCGUUGCUGGAUCUGGGCACGCCGAAGGACAUGGAGAUAGCGGGGGAAAGGAGCACGGUAAAGCAUAUGGGCACGGCAAACACGGUCACGAACACAGCACUGGACUUGGAUUGGGGCUGGGUGAUGGUCUCAGCCUGGGUCUCGGUCUGGGCGGGCAAGCUAGCGCGAGCGCCGGUUUUGGUAUCUCGGCGGGCGGCAUGCUCUCCCUGGCGGUUCCUAGCGCGUCAAUCUGCGGCUGUGCAUCUGGCUCGCUGGAAGUCAAUGGUAAUCAGUGUGGUGACAUCCCUGCAUCCGCAAACUUGUGCGCGUGUCUCUCGACUCUUUCCGUCGCGCCAUCUGCCUCGACCCUCCUCUCCCACCCCGCCGUCGCCUCUCUUGAUGCUAUCCGCGCUGGAUUGACCAUUGCCAGCGAGGCCGACGUCGCCGCUGCUUUGGGUGCGAAGAUCUCUGCCUCCGUAGGUGUGUCCGCUGGCGUAAGCGCACAGACCUGCGCCUUUCCGGCAUAUGCCGAAUCUCGCUGCUCCGCCUCCGAUGUCUGCGCAUUCGAUUGCGCGUCGGGUCACUCCAAGGACGGCAAGUUCGGCAUAUGUGUUUCCUCGGAUACGAAUGUCGGAGGGAAAGUAAGCGGCGGCAUCCUUGGCUUGGGUAUCAAGCUGCCUUUCGGCUUGAGCUUGUAACGAUAUCGGUACGCAAUGUGCUCUAAUGCCAUGGACUUCUCAGAGCUGCUUACUCAUCUAUGUGCUCCUACGUAUUCACUCUACGGACCGAUUUCUUCCACAUUGUAUCUCCUGGACAUUCUUCUGGUUGUACAUUCUAGUUACCCACUUGUCCUCCUUGUAAAUUCGGUCCUCUGGGAUCAUUGAGACCCUCGUGUCGCAGGACUAGUCGGUCUUGGAAACCGG